UUGUUAACUGGGUUCUUUCCCCCAUCGCUCAACUCUUUCCGUUUCCCUGAACAACAUCUUUAUUCCGUUCCGUUACGACAUCACCCGCGUCAUCUCAGCGCUUCCAGGGGCGCCGUCGCUCACGCACGAGGGGCGGGGCAGCGGCUGACGGGCGGCGCAGGUGACCUACCUGUAGAAGGAGACUUUCAUGAUCAAUAACAAGUGGACUCAACCUCCUCCCCGCGUCUACCUGAGCGCGGCCACACUAGGAAUCUGCCGCACGCACGCACACCGACGGCAGCGGCACCCACCCAGCGUCCACCAUGGCUUCUCCCUUCCCUUUCCGCUGUCCGGCCCCAACCCCUUUCGCGAUGUGAGGCAAGGAAGGUCGAUCCGGAAGGGUAUGUCAUGGGGGGGGGACGGACCAGCGGAGAAGUGAGUGGGGGGGAACCUCGCCGGAAACCCCGUAGCCUACCCCCUCUCACACACAAACCCCGGAGUCCUGUUAUAGCGGCGUCCCCCUUGGAGCAUGACCUGGCGUCGGGUCGGUUCAUCGGGUCGCCGCCGCCCUCGGCCCUGCGCUCGCACGAGGCGGCGCGGGACGACAACGGCAACGCGGUGGCGUCGGGGCGGCGGGGCAGCGAGACGUCGAGCGAGGCGGGCGAGGAGGAGCGCACCGUGUACAAGCCGGCCAACCCCGCCCUGGAGGCGUCCCAGCCCCGCAUCACCCUGAACACGGCGCCCCGCUGCGCCUCCCCGCCGCCCUCGCACGCCAUCGUCGCCGUCGAGAACGCCACGUCCGUCGCAGCGUCCGGCGCCCCCCUCACGCUGCGCACCGUCGCCUCCGCCGCCAGCGAGGCCGCGUCCAUCCGCCAGGCUCUCACGCCGCCGCCCAAGCUGGUCACGUACAGGGCCGAAGACGGGGCCGAGGCCGUCCAGGAAUGGGUCCCCGACGAAGGAGGUCACGGGCUGGCCACUCCGCCCCGAAAGGGUUCGUGCCCCUCCAUUCGUGACCUGCCCUCGCCCGUCAUGGGUCGCCACUCCCUCAACCGCCCGCCCCCGCCCGCAACCACACGCAGAACAAGGUCAACGGUCAAGCUUACGCCCAUCAGCAAGUAAUCAGCUCCUGUGUCUUCGAUCUUGAGUAUGUCUUGGGUCCUCCUCGGGUCCUCGGCAUCCCGUAGGAACCGAGGUGAGGUUGACUUCAAAGGCGGAGGGCACAGAACAGUCACUCGCCAUCACGCGGUCCUCUCCUCGUCACGUGACCCCCGCCUGAUGACGUCAGAAGAGGGCGAGUUUUACCUGCGGGAAUUCAUGAAUCGGAGGUGGUACUCGAGUUCAUAUUGGCUGACCUUUUUCAAGAGGUUCUGGCGGUGUCUGAAGGCUGUGUGAAUCCUUCCAGUCUUAGGA